UUGAUUUAGAAGACGACAACAUCCUACCAUAAUGUCAGACGAUAAACACUCUUCACCCUCCAGCGACUCCUUGUGCCCAGGCUGCCAGGGUGAAGGGUCACUCCUGCUGCCCUGCGGACACACUCUGUGCCAGGCUUGCCUUCAGCUGUGCCAGGAAGAGCUCGGCCAGGACGGGCCGGGCUGUACAGAGUGCUACGGCCGCGAGUUGUUGGACAGCGUGCUGAAGGGAUUGCUCGACUCGUUGUUUGAAGGGCAGCUGCGGCAGGUGGGAAGCAGCGUGGAGGGUGGCGAGACGGUGGAGGAUGGAGAUCUGUGCAGACAGCAUAGAGAGAAACCGACUCAGUACUGUAUGGAGGACGAGGAGCUGAUCUGUGAUCAGUGUCAGGGCGAGGAACAUGAAGAUCACGAGUGCAGCUCCAUAGAAGAGGCCACACAAGAGUGUAAGAGGGAGCUGAGAGCAGCUCUCAGACCCCUGCAGGAGAAGCUGGAGAUGUUCAACACAGCCAAACAAACCAGCCAGGAAACUUCAGAAUACAUCAGGAGACAGGCCCAGAAGACCGUGUGUCUGAUAAAGGAGAACUUUGAAAAGCUCCAUCAGUUCCUGCAUGAUGAGGAGAUCUCCAUGCUGAGAGCUCUGAGCGAGGAAGAGGAGCAGAAGAGCCAGAAGAUGAAGGAGAAGAUGGACAAACUAACAGAUGAGAUCAUGACCUUAAGAGAAGCCAUUAGUUCAACAGAAGAGGCCAUGAGCGCUGAUGAUAUGGCAUUUCUGAAGAACUACAAGAAGAAAUCAGAACGGAUGGACUGCAGCGUUCAGGAUCCGGUGGAAAUCUCCGGAGCUUUGAUCGAUGUGGCCAAACACAUCGGCUCGCUCAAGUUCAGCGUGUGGGAGAAGAUGCAGACCACUGUCACAUACAAUCCAGACUUUUGA